GGGACAUCACCCUACAGCAGUUCAGGCUGUGUGGUUCGCAGGAAGCAUACAUUAGCUUUUUUGUUUUUUUUUUUGUUUUUUGUUUUUUUUUUGUUUUGUUUUCGAGUUCCCAGCUCACAGUUGGGGAGGAUCUAACAGUAGCCUUCAAGUGAAGCGAGGCCCAAGGACAGUAAGACGCUAGGUCCUAAUCUGGAGUCCUGCCAGCCUGACAUGGGCCUCCUUGAAGCUCCGUGGCUCCCACUGUCUCCCUAGCCUCCUUUGUGAAAGUCUUGAGUGCCGGCAGGGAGAGCUCUUCAGGUACUCUGCAGUGCAAUCCACCAACGUCCCCAACUACGUCGUAGAAGUUUCCGUCUUUUCUGCGUCCGGGAUCCUUCCUGGUUCUGGCCCCUAGGAGACGCCACCCGCUCUCCCCUCCCCCAGCGGAUCCACCGCCACCGCGGUCCCCGAGCGCUCGUCCUCACCCGCGCGGCUCCUGCCCCUUUAAGCGCCACCUCCCCCUCCACCGCCGCCGGCCUCGGGCUGGGGGAGGAGGCGCCGCCGCCGCCCGGCUUGGCCACCUGCGCCGCCGCCGCCGCCGCCGCCCGGCCCUGCUUCAGACAAAGUUUCGCCGUGUAGCCGUGGUUAGCCUGGAACUCGGAAUCUCUCCGAUGUCCAAGGCCCUGCAGAUGUCACCAGGAAAGUAGUGAUCCAGGCAGGACCGGGUUGUCCCUACAGGAAAUAGAAAUGGAGGCAAACGACCACUUUAACUUCACUGGCCUUCCCCCUGCACCAGCUGCCUCAGGACUGAAACCCUCUCCUUCUUCAGGGGAGGGCCUCUACACUAACGGGUCUCCCAUGAACUUUGCCCAGCAAGGGAAAAGUUUGAAUGGGGAUGUGAAUGUUAAUGGCUUAUCUACUGUAUCUCACACUACUACUUCAGGGAUUUUGAACUCUGCUCCCCACUCCUCCAGCACUUCACACCUCCAUCACCCUAACGUGGCCUACGACUGUCUUUGGAACUACUCACAGUACCCAUCUGCCAAUCCUGGCAACAACCUCAAGGACCCUCCCCUUCUUUCUCAGUUCCCUGGGGGACAAUACCCACUCAAUGGUAUCCUUGGGGGCAGCCGACAACCUUCGUCCCCAACCCACAACACUAAUCUUCGAGCUGGGAGCCAAGAGUUCUGGGCCAAUGGUACCCAGAGUCCCAUGGGGCUUAACUUCGAUUCACAGGAACUGUAUGAUUCUUUUCCUGAUCAGAAUUUUGAGGUGAUGCCCAAUGGACCCCCAAGUUUUUUCACCUCCCCACAGACUUCUCCAAUGUUGGGAUCUAGUAUCCAGACCUUUGCACCUUCCCAGGAUGUAGGCAGUGGGAUCCAUCCUGAUGAGGCAGCAGACAAGGAGCUGACUUCAGUUGUGGCAGAAAAUGGCACUGGCUUGGUAGGCAGCCUGGAGCUGGAGGAAGAGCAGCCAGAACUCAAGAUCUGUGGCUACAAUGGUUCUGUCUCGUCUGUGGAGUCUUUACACCAAGAGGUCUCUGUGCUGGUCCCUGAUCCCACAGUGAGCUGUCUAGAUGAUCCGUCACAUCUUCCUGAUCAACUGGAAGACACUCCAAUCCUCAGCGAAGACUCCCUUGAGCCCUUUGACUCUCUGGCAGCAGAACCAGUGAGUGGAGGACUUUAUGGUAUAGAUGACACGGAGCUGAUGGGUGCAGAAGACAAGCUGCCUCUUGAAGACAACCCUGUAAUCUCUGCCCUUGAUUGCCCUUCUCUCAAUAAUGCUACUGCCUUCAGCCUCCUGGCAGACGACAGUCAAACAUCAGCCUCUAUCUUUGUCAGCCCAACCUCCCCACCUGUCUUAGGGGAGUCUGUCUUGCAAGAUAAUAGCUUUGACUCUGAACAGGAAGAAAUGGAGACUCAGUCUUCAGACUUCCCUCCUCCCCUGACUGAGCCAGCCCCUGACCAACCACCUACUGUUGAGCUACGUCCCUCAGUCUCUCCGGCAGCCUCUCCAGCUGCAUGUGCCUCUCCUGCUGCCUCGCCUGCCCUCCCAGCCAGCUCCUUGGAAGCCUCUGUGACAGCUCCAGUGACUUCUCAAGCUUUCCCUGUACCUUGCCCAGCAGCUGCUGUCCAGACAGUCUCCCCAGCAGAUGACAAUGUCAGCACUGUCCCUGAAACUUCUGCUGAUCAGGAAGAGAUCACUGGAGAAACUGCCACCGUUUCUGGUGGUGGUGAUGUACUGAAGAGACGCAUUGCUACCCCAGAAGAAGUUCGUCUUCCUCUCCAACAUGGGUGGCGGAGAGAAGUGCGCAUAAAGAAGGGGAGCCAUCGGUGGCAGGGGGAGACUUGGUAUUAUGGCCCCUGUGGGAAGAGAAUGAAGCAAUUUCCAGAAGUUAUCAAGUACCUGAGCCGAAAUGUGGUACACAGUGUCCGCCGUGAGCACUUUAGCUUCAGUCCCCGUAUGCCUGUUGGAGAUUUCUUUGAAGAAAGAGAUACACCAGAGGGCUUGCAGUGGGUCCAGUUAUCAGCAGAGGAGAUUCCAUCCAGAAUUGAAGCAAUUACUGGCAAACGAGGUCGACCUCGAAACAACGAGAAGGCCAAAAACAAGGAGGCUCCCAAAGUGAAGCGGGGCCGAGGCCGGCCUCCUAAGGUCAAAGUGCCUGAGCUAUUGAAUGCUACAGACAGCCGGCUUCCAAGAAAACUGGAGACCCAAGAAACACUGAAUGAGGAGGAGAAAGCAAAGAUGAGUAAAAGCAAAAAGAAGAUGAGGCAGAAGAUUCAGCGGGGAGAGGGUCAGACCUCUGUCCAAGGGCAGGCCAGAAGCAAGAGGAAGCAAGACAGCAAGACCUUAAAGCUGAGGGACACUAAGAAGAAAGUCAAGGUAGAAAAGAUGAAGACAAAGCCGGAAAAACUCAAGGAAAAAGUGAAGAGGGAAAAGAAAGAAAAGGUAAAAGUGAAGGGAAAGGAAGAGGCAGGCAGAGCCAAACCAGCCUGUAAAGCAGAUAAGACCCUUGUCACACAAAGGCGUCUGGAGGAACGGCAGAGGCAGCAGGUUAUCCUGGAGGAGAUGAAGAAGCCCACAGAGGAUAUGUGUCUGACUGACCAUCAGCCCCUGCCUGACUUCACACGCAUCCCUGGUUUGGCACUAUCCAGUCGGGCUUUCUCAGAUUGCUUGACCGUCAUGGAGUUCCUGCAUAGUUUCGGCAAAGUGCUCGGCUUUGACCUUACCAAAGACGUUCCUAGUCUGGGCGUCCUUCAGGAGGGACUCUUGUGUCAAGGGGACAGCUUAGGCAAAGUGCAAGACCUGCUGGUGCAGCUGCUGAAGGCUGCCCUCCGUGACCCCGGGCUGCCCUCCUACUGCCAGUCACUAAAGAUCUUGGGUGAGAAGGUGUCUGAGAUCCCAUUGACUAGAGACAAUGUGUCUGAGAUAUUACGCUGCUUCCUCAUGGCAUAUAGAGUGGAGCCAUCCUUCUGUGACAGUCUGCGCACCCAGCCUUUUCAGGCCCAACCACCUCAGCAGAAGGCUGCUGUUCUAGCCUUCCUUGUGCAUGAGCUCAACGGCUCCACCAUUAUCAUCAAUGAGAUUGACAAGACUCUGGAGAAUAUGUCUAGCUACAGGAAAAACAAAUGGAUUGUUGAAGGUCGACUUCGGAGACUGAAAACUGCUCUGGCCAAGCGAACUGGGCGUCCUAUGGCUGUGAUGGAGGGGCCAGAAGAUGGCCUGGGACGUAGGCGUAGUUCUCGAAUCAUGGAGGAAACCAGUGGCAUAGAAGAGGAAGACGAGGAGGAAACUAUGGUAGCUGUCCAUAGCCGAAGGGGUCGAAGGGAUGGAGAGGUUGAUGCUACAGCGUCUAGCAUUCCAGAGCUCGAGCGCCACAUAGAAAAGCUCAGUAAGCGUCAGCUCUUCUUUAGGAAAAAGCUGCUUCAGUCUUCCCAGAUGCUUCGGGCAGUCUCCUUGGGCCAGGACCGCUACAAACGCCAUUACUGGGUAUUGCCAUGUCUGGCUGGUAUCUUUGUGGAAGGAUCAGAGGGAUGCAUAGUUACUGAAGAUGGAAUAAAGAAAGAAACCGAGUCUUUGAUGGAAGCACUCACUUCAACACCCAGCUCUGCCGUCUCUGUAAAGAAGGAGUCAGCUGGCUCCAACACCUCUGCUUCUCCUGCCCGGUCCCGAGGCCGACCUCGAAAGUCUAAGCCCGGGUCUCUGCAGCCUCAGCAGCUCACGCCCACCAUUGGGGAGCAUGAUUCAGAACAAGCAGAGACUCAAGUUCACCCAGGACCUCAGCCCCAUCCUCAGCUUCAGGCUUCUACCCAGCUCCACUCGAACAAUGGGUUCCUAGAGCCAGAAGGCUCCCCUUUGUCCCUGGGUCAGAGCCAGCAUGACCUCAGCCAGUCCGCCUUCCUGUCUUGGCUAAGCCAGACUCAGAGCCACAACUCCCUGCUGAGCAGUUCAGUCCUCACACCCGAUAGCAGCCCAGGAAAAUUGGACUCCGCUCCAUCUCAGUCCCUGGAGGAGCCAGAGCCUGAUGAGGCAGAAUCCUGCCCUGACCCUCAAGGUCCCUGGUUUAACUUCUCAGCUCAGAUCCCCUGCAAUGCUGCUCCUACACCUCCCCCUGCAGCUUCUGAGGACCAGCCUCCUCCCUCCCUCCAGCUGCCUGCCUCCUCUAAGUCAAUAAAUACACCUGGUGCUGCCAGUCUCUGUUCCCCAGUGCAGUUCUCUUCCACCCACUUGCCUGGAGGGGCCUCUAAGAGGCCAUCAGGAUACUCGGAAGAAAUGCCACAAAGUCCCACAGGGCUAGGACAACCAAAGCGUAGAGGGAGACCUCCUAGCAAGUUCUUCAAGCAGGUGGAGCAGCGUUACUUAACCCAGCCGACAGCCCAGCCUAUCCCCCCUGAAAUGUGCUCGGGCUGGUGGUGGAUCCGAGAUCCUGAGACACUGGAUGUCAUGCUCAAGGCACUGCAUCCCCGAGGUAUUCGGGAAAAGGCACUUCACAAACAUCUUAGCAAGCACAAGGACUUCUUGCAGGAAGUUUGCUUACAGCCCUUAGCUGAUCCCAUCUUUGAGCCUAGUAAGCUACCUGCCUUGGAAGAAGAAACUAUGAGCUGGUCCCCCAAAGAGAAGACUUACGAGACAGACCUGGCUGUGCUUCAGUGGGUAGAGGAGCUAGAACAGCGGGUUGUCCUUUCUGAUCUGCAGAUUCGGGGUUGGACGUGUCCUAGCCCAGACUCUACCCGAGAGGACUUGACCUACUGUGAGCAUCUACCUGACUCUCAGGAGGAUCUUCCUUGGAGGGGCCGGGGCAGGGAAGGAGCCGUCCCUCAGCGGCAGAACACCAAUCCUCUGGACCUUGCUGUGCUGCGGCUGGCUGUGCUGGAGCAGAAUGUGGAGCGGCGUUACUUGCGGGAACCCCUCUGGGCGGCCCAUGAGGUGGUGGUGGAGAAGGUCCUGCUGAGCACACCCAAUGGUGCCCCUGAAGGCAGCACUGCUGAGAUAUCCUACGAGAUCACCCCUCGUGUGCGUGUCUGGCGGCAGACACUUGAGAGAUGCCGCAGUGCAGCCCAGGUGUGCUUGUGCCUGGGCCAGCUGGAAAGGUCCAUCGCGUGGGAGAAGUCUGUCAACAAAGUGACCUGUCUCGUCUGCCGGAAGGGUGACAAUGAUGAAUUUCUCCUGCUCUGUGAUGGGUGUGAUCGAGGCUGCCACAUUUACUGUCAUCGGCCCAAGAUGGAGGCUGUCCCAGAAGGGGACUGGUUCUGUGCUGUCUGUCUGGCCCAACAGGUGGAAGAAGAAUUCACCCACAGACCUCGUUUCCUAAAACGAGGUCAGAAGCGGAAAAGUGGUUUUCCACUGAACUUCUCAGAGGGUGACAGUCGGAGGCGACGGGUACUGUCAAGGAGCCGAGAGAGCCCAGCAGUGCCUCAGUGCCCACAAGAUGGGCCAUCUCCCUCCAAGAGACGGAGAUUGUCAAUGAGAAGCCAGCACAGCGAUCUCACAUUCUGCGAGGUCAUCCUCAUGGAGAUGGAAUCCCAUGAUGCAGCCUGGCCUUUCCUGGAGCCUGUGAACCCUCGCCUGGUGAGUGGGUACCGGCGUGUCAUCAAGAACCCUAUGGACUUUUCCACCAUGAGAGAGCGGCUGCUCCGGGGAGGGUACACCAGUUCAGAGGAGUUCGCUGCUGAUGCCCUGCUGGUUUUUGACAAUUGCCAGACCUUCAACGAGGACGACUCUGAAGUGGGCAAGGCUGGGCAUAUCAUGCGCCGCUUCUUUGAGAGCCGCUGGGAGGAGUUUUAUCAGGGAAAGCAGGCCAGUCUGUGAGGCGAGGGAGGUGGGAGUAGCCGUGUGGCAUCUUCUCCCACCUUCCAAACAGAGACCUGCCAUUCACACCUGCUGAUUGGCUGCCCUGGGCGGACACAGGUCAGACAGUGCUGAUUCCUGACUCUGCCCUCAGCAGCACCCACAUCCUCUUGUCCCUAAUCCCUUUUCUCCCUUCCUCCUCUUGCUCCUCAAAUAAGAGAUGCAGAGAUGAGGUCCUUCUGGACGGAAAGCCAAAAAAGAAAGAAAUUUCCUGGGUUUUUGUUUUGUUUUGUUUUUGUUUUUGUUUUUUCCCUAAUUAAAAUGGAGAGGGGUGAAGAAGUCCUCCCCGGUCCCAGCUUCCUCCUUCCCUGUACAUGCCCCAGCAUCCUGGGGUUAUUUAACAAUAGCAAUAGUUCUAGUGAAUGUGUGAAACCAAGAAACACUCUGUACUGUGUGCGGACCCGCAGUGACGGCCAGUAAAGUGGACUUAAUUCCCAAGUGUGUCGAGCCGGACACCGGGCCCUGAACAUGCUGCUUCCAUGUUCAGUCCUUUCCCUGCUCUCGCUUUUUCUCACUUUUUUUUUUUUCUUACUCUUCCCAGUUUUUACAACUUUGUCCCACCCAAUAAUAUAAAACUGUCGUGUACGGGUUCUUCCUUUCCCUUCCCAGCCCCCAUCUCCUUCCCCUUAUGUGGAAACAAAGUUCAGAGUUCCCUGUCUUUCUGUCCUCAUCUUCUGCCAAUAGUUAACCCUCUAGGAUGCUGGCCCCUCCUCGAGUGCUGAGUUUCUAGCCUUUUCUGAAACUCUGGCUGGGGAGCGGGCAGGUGGGCAGGUGCCCUGGGCCUUCAGGCCUCUUUCCCCUGCUCCCCAAACCUCCCUCUUGGGAACUCCUCAGGGACAACUACUGCUGAGUCUGAGUGCUCCUCCCAGAUGGAGGCCAGGUAGCAAUUGGCUGGCCUCAGAGAGAGGGGGAGAGAGAGGUGGUUGUGUGUGUGUGUGUGUGUGUGUGUGUGUGUGUGUGUGUGUGUGUGCGCGCGCCCGCGCGCGCCCGCGCACUUGCACACAAAUAAGAGCUGUGAUCGUAACCCUGUUUAGUGUAAUGAGAUUCAUUCAGUUUCCCCAAAUAUGUUUUUAUUCCCACCUUUCCCAUUGUUUCAUACCAUCACAUUUUGUCUUUGGGAAAACAUGGGAACUGUUUCUCUGGGGACAAGGCUCAUGGUCAUUUCUGUUCCAGCCUCUUCAAACUGUGCAAUCUUUCCAGCAGGCACUCCCUCUCCUCAGUAGCUUUUUGAGUCUUGAGCUUUCGCUGGGAGAGGAGUAGAACUGGAUCUUUCCUAAACCAUGAGUAUCUAGGUUUAGUUGUGUUUUCCUUCCUCACAUAUACUGCCUGUCCCCAGGACCCCUUCCCCAGCAGCAGAGACCCUGGAGCACAUGAUGUGCAAAGGGUCUACCCCUGCCCUGAGUGUGACUAAGCCCAGCUCAAGCCCCCAGCACGUGUGAGGAGAGCUGCUAACUCUGAGCUAUAGCCAUGGGCCGCCGGUCCCUGCUUUCCUGCUCAGCACAGCCCCUCCCAUCAGAAAUUACGGGUACUUGCACUGGGGAGGUGGCUGCUAGCUGGCCUAAGCAGAGAGCUGAGGCAUCCAAGCAAUGUUCUGUGGUGGGCAGAGGGUGCCAGGUGAGGUGCAGCAUUCCUUGUACUCCAGCAGUACUGAAGGGGUGGGGCCAGUGCAGGUUCCUGGGCAGUCCCUAUUCCUCUCAACUCACCCUCACCCCACUCCCUAACCCCAUUGCCUAUUUCUAAAGUCGCCUUUUUUGUCGAUAAACCUCAAAACUUAAUUUUAUUUGAGAAAUUUUUUUGCUUUUAAAUAAGAGGUGGAUUGAAGAAUAUUUGAAUUGACUUUAUAUUAUGCAUAAAUAUUUAUAUUUUAUCUAAAUAACUGCGCCGUAACAAACUUUGUGUUAGAUGUUUGGAACUGUUAUAGUUGGGGACAACUUCUUCCCCCGUGGCGAGUUUCCCCCAGCAUAAAAUGUACUGGAGUCAUUCAUUAUUGGAGGUGAACGGAAGGGAGAGUGGAGCCUUAGCUCUUGGCCUUGUGCUCCUCUCCCAGCCCCACCUCUUCCCCGAGGGACCAGGCACUCUGGGUGGAGGUCCUAGACUUGAUGUGAAGAAGUGGGGGCUGAAGGGAUUAUGGGGUAGGAGAGGGGCCAUUUCUCACUUUUCUUUCCUCAUCUUCACUGCCCCUCAGCUAGGUGGAUUUUCUCUUACUGACAAAGAGUAUUUGGUAGGGAAAGCAGGUUAAAAAUAAAAGACAACCCACCUUGCCCCUUGUGUUCCCUCCCCUCUGUGGUAACAGCAAGAAACCAUCAACACCAACAAGUUUCCAUGUUCCUUUACAGCAAAAGGGACUGACUUUUUAUAUAACCAAAUGUGGUGUUUUAGUGACUUUUUGAUAAUGUACAGUUUUUUGUGAAUUUAAAUUUAUUUCUUUCUAUAUUUUUAGGACCAAUCUCAUUUUUAAUAAGGUUUAAAAAAAAGUCUAGAGAAAAAAAACCUCGUUUUUGCCAUGUGAUGUUCCACAGGUGUGGCUGUAGAGAAGUGCUUGUCAUUGAAUAAACCACAUUUGAUAGAGACU